AUGGGCCACCGCACGAGCUUCCACCUCAGUCAUAGUAGGAUAAAGUAUGGGAGCGAAUGCACGAACUGUGCUCGACCCUUCACUGUGUUCCAAACGUGUCGAGGGACAGAGAUGCGUUUCAAGAAGAUGGAGGUCUGUCAGACCUGCAGCCAAAUGAACAAUGUUUGUCAGACACUUCUGCCAGACCUGGAGUAUGGUUUGCCUAUCCAGGUGCGAGACACUGGGCUUUCUGUUAAGGAUGAGGUUCCUAAGUCAGAUGUAAACAAAGAGUACUACACUCAGAACAUGGAGAAAGAGAUAGCAAAUACUGAUGGCACACGGCCGGUGGGCCAGUUGGGCAAGGCUCCUAAUUCCAGUGAUAUGUUGCUGAGACUGGGCCGUAUGAUGACCAAUUUUAAGAAGAACCGGGCGCACAUCUGCUCCUCCUGGGUGAAGGGAGAGUGUAAGAGAGGGGAGGGGUGUCCCUACAGCCAUGAGAAGCCCACGGACCCCGACGAUCCUCUGGCUGACCAGAACAUAAAAGACCGUUACUACGGUAUCAAUGACCCAGUUGCAGCCAAGCUGCUGACAAGGGCCUCAACCAUGCCACGACUGGACCCACCAGAUGACAAGUCGAUCUCCACCCUCUUCAUUGGGGGUUUGGGAGAUACUUUCACGGUUGGUGACCUCAAGAGCCACUUCUACCAGUUUGGUGAGAUUCGUACCAUUACCAUCGUCCAGCGGCAGCAGUGUGCCUUCAUCCAGUUUGCCACACGCCAGUCUGCUGAAACGGCUGCAGAGAAGUCCUUCAACAAACUGAUCAUUAAUGGACGAAGGCUCACUGUCAAAUGGGGAAGGUCUCAGGCAGCAAAAGGAAAGGAGGGUAUCAAAGAAGAUGUCCGCGAGAUGGGCACCAGACUUGAUCCUGUACCUGGACUGCCUAGAGCUCUUCCUGCACCACCACCUUUGGAUGAAGAGACUCCUGCAAAUUACUUCAACCUGGACCCAGGCACUUCUCCUGCUGUCCUGAACAUAGCUCUGCCCCCACCACCAGGAAUCAACCCACCUCCCCCAGGUUUUGGGCCUUUAAUGUUUCACCCCAUGGCUCCACCUAUGCCCCCUCCAAUGAGCAUGAGACCUAUCUUUUUUCUUCAAUACCCCUCCCAGGAUCCUCAGCGCAUAUUUGCCCAUGCAGCACAUGGCGCACGCCAUUGA